AUGAACAUAUUAAAUUUUUUCUUCAAAAAAACUCAACCCAUAGAGAGAUGGAUAGUUUGGAUCAACAGAGAGCAAGAAAUGAACGUAAAUAAUAAUUUUGUAAAGACAUCAAAAUAUACUGUGUACAACUUUUUUUUUAAAUCCAUCUUAAUGCGUUUAAAACAGCCUCUAUCCCUCUAUUUCCUCGCAAUAGCAAUCCUACAAAUUACGCCAUCAAUUUCAGCGACCCGUGGAAUUCCAACAGUAAUGUUACCCUUGUUUAUAGUAAUAGCAAUUGACUCUAUAAAAGACGCCUAUGAAGAUUGGCAAAGGCACACAUCAGAUCGUGCUGAGAACAACAGGAAAGUCUACUGGGUGCCUAAACUCUACAUCCCCCCUCUAAAAAAUCAAAAUUUAUCCGAAAAUGAACUAGGUCUAGGACUUAUAAAGGAAAUAAGUGAAGGAACACUAAACUCACUUAAUCUAGAGUGGAAACUAUCUUCUAAGAUCGAAGUGGGUGAUAUUAUUUUGUUGAGAAAUAGAGAAGAAAUCCCUGCUGAUGUAGUAUUAUUAACCUCAAGCGGAUUAAAUGGUAUAUCAUAUGUUGAAACGUUAUGCCUUGAUGGCGAAACAAAUUUGAAGCGCAAAGAAGCGGUGCAAAUCACUCAAAAUUACCUUAAAAAUGACCUUAUAAAUGUGCUUGAGCGGAUUAAGAACUGUGAAGCCUCCAUUUUAUGCAAUGUACCUGAUACCGAUCUCGACAAAUUCAAGGGCACAUUAACUAUGUUUAAGUUGGGCGCUGAAGUUAAUUUUCCCGAAGCGCGUAAAGAUUAUACAAUUAACAUCAAUAACAUUGUUAUGAGAGGCUGUAUUUUACGUAAUACUGUAUGGGCACUGGGCGUUGUUGUGUAUACUGGCCAUGACACCAAGAUUUACAUGAAUAUGUCCCCACCCAGAACCAAGACUUCCAACCUUGAUAUAUUGGUCAACCAUAUAAUUUUGGUUAUAUUUAUCAUUCAAUUCAUCUGUUGCAUACUUUCGGCGCUAGUAAACCUUUAUUACUACAUGAAUUAUGGAAGUAUCGGCCGUGUAUAUUUAUCGCCUUUCUACAAAGAUGUAACCGAAGUACGGGUAGUAUGUACAUCAUUCUUCACCUGGAUUUCAAUUACCUGUAACGUCAUACCUAUAUCAGCAGUGGUUACAAUGAAUUUAGUGCGUUUUAUCCAGGGGUAUUUUAUAUCUGUGGAUAAGAGUAUGUACUCCGCUGAGUAUAACUCACACACAAUACCGAGGAAUACAAGCGUGAAUGAAUUACUUGGCCAAGUGCAAAUAUGUUUUUCCGACAAAACUGGCACUCUAACUUGCAACAAGAUGAACUUUCGUAAGUUUUCCAUCGAGGGUGUUUCAUAUGGCAAGGGGUUGACCGAUAUUAAGCGCAGUUACUUAAUCAAAAACGGAAUUCCAGUACCCGGUGCAAUUAGUGGUAAAUUUAUCAUUACUAACAAUUAUGUAAACUUGGUAGAUGAUCAUAUAAUGGAUGAUUUGCACAAUCCUUCCUCACCCAGGCAUGUGCCCCUAGUUGAAUUAUGUCUACACUUUACUGUUAAUAACGGCAUUUCCACUGAGUAUAACGACGAAGGCGUGUGUAUUUACAGUUCUGCUUCUCCAGAUGAAUCCACUUUUGCAUACGCUGCCAAGUCACUUGGCAUAAUUUUAGUGGAGAAGAACAGUAUUUUUUCCAUCGUUGAUGUGUUGGGCAGACAAAUCAAAUUGAAAAUUAUUGUGAAUAUGGAAUUUAACAACUAUAGGAAGAGGAGUUCGGUUAUUUGUGCCAUCCCCAAGAAUAACUCUGUAGAUAUAGAUUAUAACAAACCCAUUUUGGAAUUUAUUGAUGAUUGUCGUAUCGUCCUGUUCACCAAGGGAGCGGAUAGUGUUAUGCUGAAUCUUGUAAAGAAGCGUAGUGUUGAUGACAACACAAUAAAGUACCUAAAAAUGUAUGCAGAUGAUGGGCUGCGUUCUAUUUGUUUUGCCAAGAAAGAGUUGAAUAAAGACGAAUUCUUGGAGUGGUAUAAAAUAUACCAGCAGGCAGAAAUAGAUGUUGAAAAUCGUUACGAUAGGUGUACGAAAUUGAUUGAUGAUUUGGAAUGUGAUAUGAGAUUCCAGGGUGUUACAGGAGUUGAGGAUAAGUUGCAAGAUGGGGUGGCUGAUUCAAUUGAAUAUAUGACUAAAGCGGGAAUAAAAACUUGGAUGAUUACGGGAGAUAAUUUGGAAGCGGCAAUCAACAUAGGUCUAGCUACAAAUUUUAUCUAUUCAAAUUCAGAAAAAAUUGAUCUGACCUCUAUAAGAAUUGAAAAUGAAGUCAAUCAAACUGGUAAGAAUGCGGCAUAUUUGUACAAAAAGGUAAUAGAUGACUACAUAACCAGCCUAUCUUUACCAAACCAUAAUAAUAUUCACCGUUGUCUCUUGAUAGAUGGGGGUACUGUCAAUUUCAUAUGCAAAAAUAUGUCUGAAGAUAAUUGUUUUAUUAAACUCUGUAUGAUGACAGACACAGCGAUUUGCGCCAGGAUGACUCCGUCCAACAAGGGAGACAUGGUGUCAAUAAUUGGCAAAGAACACAAAAUGAUUACUCUUGCCAUAGGUGAUGGCGCUAACGAUUGUAAUAUGAUACAGAGAGCUGAUGUUGGUGUGGGCAUUAAGGGCAACGAAGGAGCUCAAGCCUUUAACGUUUCCGACUAUGGAAUUGCCCAGUUCAAGUUCAUAGUUCCAUUGUUGCUUUUCCACGGAAGAUUAACUUAUCGCCGCAUGUCUAAGCUUGUAAUGUACAUGUUUUACAAGAAUAUACUUUUGACGGUGCCUAUUUGGUUAUAUGGUUUCCUGUCCAUGUUCUCAGGGCAGCUCUUAUACAAUGACAUGUUACAGCAAUUGUUUAAUAUAUUCUUUACUGCAAUCCCAUCAAUUAUAUUUGGAUCAAUCGAGCAAGAUGUGGAUAGGAAUGUUACGUUUAAAUAUCCGCAGUUGUACAAAUUGGGGCACAUAAACUUUUACAUGAACAUGCGGGCGUUUUUGACUUGGAUUUUGAACGCAAUUUACCAAUCAUUUAUCAUAAUAAGUAUGGCUUAUUUAACCUUCGGUACCUUUAAUGUGGGUUCGAGUAACGGCGAGAACUAUUCAUUAUGGGAAAUAGGUUAUGCCGUUUUUACUGUAGUUUUUAUUGUAGCAAACGUUAAGUUGUUAUUGGAAACAUAUUAUUUGAAUGCGUUGACCUUCGUUGGAUUGUUUCUUAGUGUUUUUGGUUUUGUAUACGUCAGUUUAUCGUUCAACUUAAGCCCAAACUUAGGGCUAUCGAUGCGUUGCGUUGUGUCGAAGAGUAAUAAUGACAUACGUUUUUGGCUCUUUUGCUUCGUAGCCACUAUGGCAUGCAUCUAUCGUGACUAUGUGUGGAAAGUUUACUUGCACACUUAUAGGUCCCACAUCUACCAAUCCAUUCAGAAGGUGGAAUAUUGUUAA